UUUUUUGUCAGCACAAUCCCCGCCAUCGCGCUUUUCCAAAAUCCAAUUGUGCACAUAGGCUUCCUGAACCGUCUUUACUUUUUCCUUUUUUCCUUUCUCUUUUCUGUUUUAUCUUGCGCUCCGAGCCAUUAUUUGAACAAAUAAUAUUUCUUUAUCAUGGGAUGUUUUGAUGAAAUAAAGUCCAGAAAUUUCUCACUUUACGGGCAAUGGCUCGGUAUUGCUUCCAUUAUUCUUCUGAUUGCUCUGGGUAUCGUCGGUCUCCAGAGUCACAUUGUGUUUAGUAUUGUGGGAUGGGUCAUUGCAUUUAUCCUUUUAAUGGUGGAAAUUCCCCUUUGUCUAAAGGUGUGCCCCACUAGCCCGAAAUUUGAUGGUUUCAUUGCCUAUUUUGAAAACUGUUACUUUCGAGCUGUGAUGUAUCUCAUUUUUGCCGUGGUGAUGUUCCUUUCCAGGUUGAUGAAUACCGGUCCACUAAUUGCCGCAGCUGUGUGUCUUUUGCUCGCUGCCAUUUCUUACGGCGCUGCGGCUGUGAUGGGCCAAUCUUUCGCAAGCUCGAGGAUACUUGGAGGCACGGGUGUGGACAACGUUGUGUAAAUUGGACUGUGAUAUUCACCGUCGACAGGAUACAUUGAUUAUAUUUACUUGAUCUAUACUUUUCUAUAUAAAAUGUACAAAUUGUAGUUAUCCCUCGGGAAAUUGAACGACUUCGUCAUCGGCUGGAUGUGUUAGUAGGGAGUGAGGAGAGAAGCGUAGGGGAUAGUGGGUAGGAGCAUGAGAGAAGUUUCCCUUUUUCUUUCUGCUCGUGCCAUUGGCUAAAUCAAGUGAUAAAGCACAUUUUGGCCCCGGUUUAUAAAUACCAAAGGGUAGAUAAGGGUUCUUUUGAUUCUCGUCUUGUA